GGAAAUAUUUGGUAUUAACCAUCCACUGGUAUAAAAACUUCUCUGUUCGCCAUAGUAACAAAUAUAUAUAUAUUAAACAUUUUGCAGCUAUUUUGAGUAUUUUCUUUCUAAAUACACACAGACAGAGGAGUUGCGCGCGCGUUUACUUUUGAGCGGGAUGUUAAACCUAGCUUAAUUUUAAAAGAACCACUCUUGUUAAAAAAAAAAAAAGGCUAACCGAAAGUCAGUGUGUUUUGGGGCUGUUCUCCACCAUGACCGAGCUAGCUGACAUUUUUGCGGAGGAUUCUGACAAUGACGCAACUUUUUAUGGAUUUUCCGACUCUGAAAUUACUGAAAAGGAUGUCAAACAUGAAGCCCAGCUUGACAUUUCCCCUGAAGAGCAGAAGGCCUCAACCCAACCACCUGAAGCUCCUCAAAGGUUCCGACUGAGGGUUGCUCUGCGUCCUCCCUCUUUGUCCCCGCCGUCCACAAACGAGGAAGAAGAGGAGAGAAAGCCAAAGCAGAAAAAGAAGACCAGGAACAAGAGGAAGGUGAAAUUUGAGGAUGUGGAGAAAGCGGCUUUUCAUCAGUCUGCCAGUGAGGAAGUUGGAUCUGAAACGCCUGAUUCAGACGGUUUUCUGGUGAAGAGAGAAGAAAACAUCAAGGCCAACAAAGCAAUGCUAGCUCAGCUGAUGGCAGACUUGCAAAAGCUGCCUGGUGGACCAGGGCUUGUGAAAGAACAAGGAGCCAAGCAGAAGAGAAAAGAGAGAAUUCCUCGCGCUCUAGCCUCUGAAAACUGCGAGGAUGUUCGGAGGAAUCCAGAGCGAGCUUCACGCCGACAGACCCGGUCUAUGGGGCUGAGGGAAAAUCUUUCAGAUCUUCAGGAGGAGAAUGUGGAGCGCAGUCUGGAGGAGGAGCUUCUCGAGGUGCGGCGAGCGCCAAGGCGACGUGGAAAUCCUCGGCCGUCUCAGAGCAAAGCUCAUGCAGUUCGUCCAGUGGAGGACAUCACAGAGGAUGAACUUCAACUUGUGGCUGAAAACAUGACUGAGAAAGUUUACAACAGUGCUACUGGCUCCACGUGCCAUCAGUGCCGCCAGAAGACCAUAGACACGAAAACGUGCUGUCGCAGUGUGGACUGCCACGGGAUUCAGGGUCAGUUCUGUGGGCCCUGCCUGAGGAACAGAUACGGAGAAGACGUCCGGAAAGCUCUGCUUGAUCCGGAAUGGAAGUGCCCCCCCUGUCGAGGCAUCUGUAACUGCAGUUUCUGCCGUCAGCGUGAGGGCCGUUGUCCAACUGGAAUCCUCUUUCCUCUGGCCCAGUACCACGGAUUCUCUGACGUCCAUUCUUACCUCAGCAGCCUCCGUGAAAAGCUGAAGUGCCAAGACGGUGUGGAGAUGUGAGGGGAGUGCGGACUACCAUCUAGUUUGUGCUUAUCCCCGUUGUUUUAAAUGAAUAAAUUUGUUUGACAUUACGUGUCGAGUGAACACUGAAA